GAGUGAGGUCACUCGAGCGCUGAAAGGGUGGUUUCCGGCUGUGGAAGAAAUUUUUUCAACUGAAACUCAGUUUGAGCAGCUGGCUGGGAACUGCACCCCCCGCUGCUUUCCCGAGCUCAUCAGAGUUAAGCGUUCACACUAACACACCAGAAGGCUAACAAGGACUUGGCGUUUUCGAACAGAGCGCGCAGGAAUCCUGCGCAGGCGCUUCCGGAGUCGGAAGCUCUCCUGCGAGCCUCUCCCCAGGCCUGCAGAGGGCGCUGCGCCUCGGAGAAGCCAGGGCGUGACGCCGCUCUAGCCAGCGCUCGGGCUCGGUGGCGGGCGCCGCAGCUCCGCGUCCCGCUCGCCUCCUCCCAGCACAGGUUUCACGGGCACCACUGGACCCUUCCCCUGCCCUGAAUCUGAGCCAGCACCAUGCACGGGCGCCUGAAGGUGAAGACAUCGGAAGAGCAAGCGGAAGCCAAAAGACUAGAGCGGGAACAGAAGCUGAAGCUAUACCAGGCAGCCACCCAGACUGUCUUCCAGAAGCGCCAGGCUGGAGAGCUGGAUGAGUCAGUGCUGGAACUGACAAGCCAGAUUCUGGGAGCCAACCCUGACUUUGCCACCCUCUGGAACUGUCGACGAGAGGUGCUCCAGCAGCUGGAGGUCCAGAAGUCCCCUGAGGAGUUGGCCACUUUGGUGAAGGCAGAACUGGGCUUCCUGGAGAGCUGCCUGAGGGUGAACCCCAAGUCUUAUGGUACCUGGCACCACCGCUGCUGGCUGCUGGGCCGCCUGCCAGAGCCCAACUGGGCCCGGGAGCUGGAGUUGUGUGCCCGCUUCCUCGAGGUUGACGAGCGGAACUUUCACUGCUGGGACUACCGGCGGUUUGUGGCUGCACAGGCAGCUGUGCCCCCUGCAGAGGAGCUUGCCUUCACUGACAGCCUCAUCACCCGAAACUUCUCCAACUACUCCUCCUGGCAUUACCGCUCCUGCCUCUUGCCCCAGCUGCACCCUCAGCCAGACUCUGGACCCCAGGGGCGCCUCCCUGAGGAUGUGCUGCUCAAAGAGCUGGAGCUGGUGCAGAACGCCUUCUUCACUGACCCCAAUGAUCAGAGUGCCUGGUUCUACCAUCGCUGGCUCCUGGGACGAGCUGAUCCCCAGGACGCCCUGCGCUGCCUGCACGUGAGCCGGGAUGAGGCAUGCCUGACUGUCUCCUUCUCUCGGCCUCUCCUCGUGGGCUCCGGCAUGGAGACCUUGCUGCUCAUGGUUGAUGAGUCACCCCUGGCUGUGGAGUGGAGGACCCCAGAGGGCAGGAACCGGCCUAGCCACGUCUGGCUCUGUGACCUGCCUGCCACCUCCCUCAACGACCAGUUGCCCCAGCAUACAUUUCGUGUCAUUUGGACGGCAGGCGAUGCCCAGAAGGAGUGUGUGCUCUUAAAAGGCCGCCAAGAGGGCUGGUGCCGAGACUCCGCCACGGAUGAGCAGCUCUUCAGGUGUGAGCUGUCAGUGGAGAAGUCCACCGUGCUACAGUCGGAACUGGAGUCCUGUAAGGAGCUGCAGGAGCUGGAGCCUGAGAAUAAAUGGUGCCUGCUCACCAUCAUCUUGCUGAUGAGGGCGCUGGACCCCCUGCAGUACGAGAAGGAGACCCUGCAGUACUUCCAAACCCUCAAGGCUGUGGACCCAAUGAGGGCAGCGUACCUGGACGACCUGCGCAGCAAGUUCCUGCUGGAGAACAGUGUGCUCAAGAUGGAGUACGCGGAGGUGCGCGUGCUGCACCUGGGUCACAAGGAUCUGACGGUGCUCUGCCAUCUGGAGCAGCUGCUCUUGGUCACUCACCUUGACCUGUCACACAAUCGUCUCCGAGCCCUGCCCCCUGCUCUGGCUGCCCUGCGCUGCCUUGAGGUGCUGCAGGCCAAUGAUAAUGUAAUUGAAUCCCUGGAUGGUGUCACCAACCUGCCCCGGUUGCAGGAGCUUGUCCUGUGUAACAACCGCCUCCAACAGCCUGCGGUGCUCCAGCCUCUCGCCUCCUGCCCCAGGCUGACCCUCCUCAACCUGCAGGGCAACCCGCUGUGCCAGGCGGAGGGCAGCUCGGAGCACCUGGCCGAGCUGCUGCCUUCGGUUAGCAGCAUCCUCACCUAAGAGGCCCUGCCCCCACCCUUGCCCUUUAACUUAUUGGAACUGAAUAAACAAUGAGGAGGUCCCUGAGCACUGCUAA